AUGAAUAUUGAUAAUAUCAAUCUGGGCUACUUUCAAGGAGAUCACUCCUCAACUUGUUCUUAUUGUCACAAAGGGAAAUCAUACUCCCAAGGCUUUUCAACAAAUAAGUUGUAUCCCUCCACAUAUCAAUCCAUGAUGGAUAGAGGAUGGAGAAGGUGUGGCACUUAUUAUUACAAAUACAAUUUCGCAUAGAAUUGCUGUCUCUCUUACACCAUCAGAGCCAAUGCUCUAUUAUCUUAGCAGAAAAAAGGGUAAAGGAAGAUUGCCAAAACAUUUUUAAAGGUUGUUCAAUCCGAUUUACUUAAAAAUAAAGUGGAAUCACUGAAACCAGCCAUUCAACAAAUAAGCAAAAAUCUAAAGCAGUAAUAGGAAUAAAAGCAAUUAAACAAAUAGCCAUAGCAAUUAAAACAGAAGGUUGAGCCUAAAUAAAAAAUAGUAGUAGAAGAAAAAUAGAAACCCCAUAAAGUAUCAGAAGAGAUAGUCUAAUCGUUGAAAUUGCAAUUUCAAUAAUUCUAAGAAUUGAUAGCAUAAAAUAUACCAGAAGUGAUUCAAUUGUUUAAAGAGUAUUUUGACUCCAAGGGAUUUAAAAUUGAUGAGGUUCAAUCCAUAUUCCAAGUCAAUCUCAAUAUUGAUACAGUUCAAAUAUUCCCAUCUAAAGUCAAUAGCAAAGGAGACUAUUACAGUAAUUUUAUGAUGCUCAUAUAUGGUCUGAAUAAGAAAUUGUUAUUCUAAGAUUUCCCUGUCAAUAAAUUUGCCUUACUAAUUAUUCCCUUUGUUUAGAAGUAUUUCAUUAGCAAUCAAUUCCUAUUUGUUUAAGAACCAACUGGGUUUUUAUCAGUAUUCACAAAAGAAAAUUAGUAAAAGGCUGAUGUUCAUUUAAUGUAAAUUGAAAAAUAGUUGGUGUAAGAAAAGUAGAAGAUCAUCAUUGAGUAAAAUCUUGUUAACCAAUAAAAAUAAAAUAUCAAACUAAUAGAUACUGAGACAUUUAAAUCAAACUAAUUUUAGAUAGGAAACAUGAAGGUCUUGUUGAAGCCAGCAGAAUGCACAGAAGAGAACUUCAAAUUAUAUUAAAGUUAUUGCAAGGAAAUUCAUGGGAGUACGAAGGAAAGUAAGGAUGGGUAUUCUUCAUUUUUAUGCGAACAAGGUUUAGAUUAGAAGAAAUUCAUAUAAUCAUAAAUUGAUAAAAGUAAGAUCCUGUUUAUGGGCUGUUUUCAUAUGAGAUAUUACUUAGGGGAUGUUUUGGUUGCUAUUGGAGUAGUAGAUAUCACUGAGACAGCUAUGAGUUCAGUGUAUUUCUUUUAUGAUCCGAUAUUUGAGGAAUUCAAUUUCGGAACAUUCGGAGCUCUCGUUGAGAUUGAGUAUGUGAAAUUGAUGAAUCAACACUUCCCAGAUUUCAAGUAUUAUUAUCUUGGAUUUUACUUACAAAAUACGAAUAAGAUGUCAUACAAAGGGGAUUUUGAGCCAUGUGAACUGUUGUGUCCAGAAACAUACACUUGGGUAGAAUUGACAAAAGAGUUGAGAGCUGAAAUUGAUAGGAGAUAAGCCUUAGCUGUCAAUUAAAGACAGCUGAGAAUAAGUAAAUAAAAUGUGGGAGUUAUUGAUGAUAUGAAAAUAAAUGACAAAUCAUUUUAUGGUUCUGUGCAGGUAUCGAUGAAGGGGAAGGUGAUGAAAUUGUCAGCGUUGAAUUUCAAUAUGAAUAAACUGAAUAACUAUUUGGAUAAUGCUUAUAGUAGAUUUGGAAGGCAAUUGAUGGAGAAAUUGAUAUUUGAGUUAUGA